AUGCAGCUCCUCCACGCCCUUACCGUGUUCUGCUCACUGUCUCAGUUUCCAUCACUGGCCUCAGCUGAAAAUGAGAAUACAAACCCCUCAGCGGAUGAAUCCAAAGAGGGCAAUACCCCGCUACCGUCAAAUCUCAUCCUACAGCGCAAUGCCGCGAUAGUAUCCCAGCUCGCAGUAGGACCAGCCCACGGCGUGAAGAAAAUGAGCGACGACGAAGGCGAGAAAUUCUUCCUUGAUUACUGGAAUUUCGGGGAUGUCUCUUCGUCAGGUAACCUAUCUGAGCGACACCUCUCUGACGAAGACGGAUUUUCCCCUGCGCGAUUUGUGACCCAAUCAUACCCAUUCGGGCCAUCUUAUUCAUUGGGUUCAGAAGGAGACAGUGUUUUCCUUCACCGGGGAAACAGUUACAGCGCAAAGAGCCUGCUGGAGUCACGAGACUUCAAGUGCCCGACUGGGACAUCAGCGUGCACCUCUAUCGAUCGAUCCGAUCGCUGCUGUGGGGCCGGGGAGACGUGCGAGAUCGUCGCAGAUACGGGGCACGGCGAUGUGGGCUGCUGUCCUAGCUGGAAGAUGUGCUCCGGGAUGAUUGGGUCUUGUGCAUACAUCACUGUUAUUACAGUGACUGUUCAUUCGACCGUGAUGUUGUCUACUGUGACCUACUCGACCAAACCACAGGAUACUACUUCCACUUCCUCGACAACUUCUUCCCAUAGCAGCAAGACUACAACAAACGAUAGCUUGGCACCGCCAGCACGGCCUACAAACCUCUCAACAGUAACUAGUGCAACCCGCGGCGAAGAUGUCUGUCCGACUGGUUUCUACGCCUGCUCCGCUGUCUACCACGGUGGUUGUUGUCGCACAGGCCGAGACUGCGAUACAACCUCAUGUCCGACCACAGCUUCGACGACUAUUACAUCGAACGGCGUGACGAUUGUAGCACCUGUUGCGACAACGACGGAACACUCUGGCGGGGGCCGGUGCGCCCAGGGCUGGUUCCACUGUGCGGACACUGUGGGCGGAGGAUGCUGUCCCAUGGGCUUUGCUUGCGGUGCUAGCUGUACUGCGAGCGACACCGCGGUUGCGACGACUGUCGCCAAGGAACAAGCCACCGCGCCCAGUGCAGAUGGCGUGAUGCAUCGGCUUAAGCCGCCAUCAUGUCCGAAACUCCUCAGGCACCCCUGCCCUUCAUCUACCAGUUUGCCGCCGGUGCGGUGGCUGGUGUCUCCGAGGUACCCUCUGGACGUGCUCAAGACCCGAAUUCAGCUUCAGACCGGUGCCCCAGUCCCUGGUGUCGAUCACUACAAUGGCAUGUUCGACUGCUUCCGUAAGAUCGUUAAGAACGAGGGUGCUUCCCGUCUAUACCGUGGUAUCUCCGCCCCCAUCCUGAUGGAGGCACCUAAGCGUGCGACCAAGUUCGCCGCGAACGACAGCUGGGGCAGUUUCUACCGCAACCUGUUCGGCGUCGAUAAGCAGACCCAAGGCCUGGCCACUCUGACCGGAGCCACAGCCGGUGCCACCGAAGCCUUCGUGGUUGUUCCUUUCGAGCUGGUGAAGAUCCGUCUGCAAGACAAGGCCCAGGCCCACAAGUACAACGGCAUGCUCGACGUGGUGAAGAAGAUCGUGGCCGCCGAAGGCCCCCUGGCAAUGUACAACGGCCUUGAGUCGACCAUGUGGCGUCACGUCCUGUGGAACGCAGGUUACUUCGGCUGUAUCUUCCAGGUCCGCGCACAGCUGCCCGCUGUCGAGCCCGGUAACAAGAACCAGCAGACCCGCAACGACUUGAUCGCCGGUACCGUCGGUGGUAUCACCGGUACUCUCCUCAACACCCCCAUGGACGUUGUCAAGUCCCGUAUCCAGAACACCUCCAAGGUCCCCGGUCAGGUCGCCAAGUACAACUGGGCCUGGCCUGCUCUCGGUACUGUGAUGAAGGAGGAGGGCUUCGCUGCCCUGUACAAGGGUUUCACACCUAAGGUCCUCCGUCUCGGUCCCGGUGGUGGUAUCUUGCUUGUUGUCUACACUGGUGUCAUGGAUUUCUUCCGCAACAUGCGUGAUCAAAAGCAAAAGUAA